AUGAAGACCAUAAUAUUCUUGUUCUGUGUUUACGCCGCAGUCGGAGUCACAACUGCACAGGGCGUAGACGGAUCUUUCCUGCUCGCUGGAGCUGCCGAAAAUACCGUAUUUCGAUUGGAGAACAAUACUUUCUCGAAGAUAAAUAUAUCGAAUGAUGUGUCUACCAUGGCGUUCGAUCCUAUAUCCAGGAGGAUAUACUACGGAUCGUGGAACAGUAUUCACAUGUACAGCAUGAAGCUGGAUGGCUCUGACGUCCGAAUAGAAGCAACAAUAGAUUUGUACGUUCAAGCAAUAGCCAUUGACAAUGCCGUUGGUAACAUGUUUGUUUAUUCACCUGGAAACACUGGGAAAAUCUACCGGGUUGUAAUGGAACAGGAACCAACUCUAGACCAGAGUGACAUCAUUCAUACAGACGAAAGUGAAGUCUUCCACAUGGAUGUUGAUCCCACGACCAGAACAUUAUUUUGGGGAUCGUCAACAGGUAUAUGGCAAUCGAAUUAUGACGGAACAGACAAAAAACAAAUUUUGUCCAUGUCUGGGGGCAACGCUGGACUUUCGGUUGAUGAUGGUAGCGUUUAUGGAAUAAUGAAUAACAAGAUCUACAAGAUCGAUCGAUCACUGAACCAGUCAUUCAGCGAGAUUUUUGACAUUGGGAACACAAGUACUAGAACCAAAAGUCUAGUCUCAGUUGGGGAUAGCUUGUACUUCAGUAGAGCGGUGUGCACCUACAGCCCGACUACUUUGUGUCAGAGCUCUAUAGUUACUGUACGGAAAGAUGGGUCAGGAUUCGCACGUGUUAGUCCUGAAUUGUUUUCAGAAAACCACGUAUAUCCAUUGACACUUGUAUAUGUAUCAACAUCUCGUGUCGAAGUGACAACAACAUCGAGGACACCAACAGAGACAACAACGAGAGGCGUAGACGGAUCUUUCCUGCUCGCUGGAGCUGCCGAAAAUACCGUAUUUCGAUUGGAGAACAAUACUUUCUCGAAGAUAAAUAUAUCGAAUGAUGUGUCUACCAUGGCGUUCGAUCCUAUAUCCAGGAGGAUAUACUACGGAUCGUGGAACAGUAUUCACAUGUACAGCAUGAAGCUGGAUGGCUCUGACGUCCGAAUAGAAGCAACAAUAGAUUUGUACGUUCAAGCAAUAGCCAUUGACAAUGCCGUUGGUAACAUGUUUGUUUAUUCACCUGGAAACACUGGGAAAAUCUACCGGGUUGUAAUGGGACAGGAACCAACUCUAGACCAGAGUGACAUCAUUCAUACAGACGAAAGUGAAGUCUUCCACAUGGAUGUUGAUCCCACGACCAGAACAUUAUUUUGGGGAUCGUCAACAGGUAUAUGGCAAUCGAAUUAUGACGGAACAGACAAAAAACAAAUUUUGUCCAUGUCUGGGGGCAACGCUGGACUUUCGGUUGAUGAUGGUAGCGUUUAUGGAAUAAUGAAUAACAAGAUCUACAAGAUCGAUCGAUCACUGAACCAGUCAUUCAGCGAGAUUUUUGACAUUGGGAACACAAGUACUAGAACCAAAAGUCUAGUCUCAGUUGGGGAUAGCUUGUACUUCAGUAAGGCGGUGUGCACCUACAGCCCGACUACUUUGUGUCAGAGCUCUAUAGUUACUGUACGGAAAGAUGGGUCAGGAUUCGCACGUGUUAGUCCUGAAUUGUUUUCAGAAAACCACGUAUAUCCAUUGACACUUGUAUAUGUAUCAACAUCUCGUGUCGAAGUGACAACAACAUCGAGGACACCAACAGAGACAACAACGAGAGGCGUAGACGGAUCUUUCCUGCUCGCUGGAGCUGCCGAAAAUACCGUAUUUCGAUUGGAGAACAAUACUUUCUCGAAGAUAAAUAUAUCGAAUGAUGUGUCUACCAUGGCGUUCGAUCCUAUAUCCAGGAGGAUAUACUACGGAUCGUGGAACAGUAUUCACAUGUACAGCAUGAAGCUGGAUGGCUCUGACGUCCGAAUAGAAGCAACAAUAGAUUUGUACGUUCAAGCAAUAGCCAUUGACAAUGCCGUUGGUAACAUGUUUGUUUAUUCACCUGGAAACACUGGGAAAAUCUACCGGGUUGUAAUGGGACAGGAACCAACUCUAGACCAGAGUGACAUCAUUCAUACAGACGAAAGUGAAGUCUUCCACAUGGAUGUUGAUCCCACGACCAGAACAUUAUUUUGGGGAUCGUCAACAGGUAUAUGGCAAUCGAAUUAUGACGGAACAGACAAAAAACAAAUUUUGUCCAUGUCUGGGGGCAACGCUGGACUUUCGGUUGAUGAUGGUAGCGUUUAUGGAAUAAUGAAUAACAAGAUCUACAAGAUCGAUCGAUCACUGAACCAGUCAUUCAGCGAGAUUUUUGACAUUGGGAACACAAGUACUAGAACCAAAAGUCUAGUCUCAGUUGGGGAUAGCUUGUACUUCAGUAGAGCGGUGUGCACCUACAGCCCGACUACUUUGUGUCAGAGCUCUAUAGUUACUGUACGGAAAGAUGGGUCAGGAUUCGCACGUGUUAGUCCUGAAUUGUUUUCAGAAAACCACGUAUAUCCAUUGACACUUGUAUAUGUAUCAACAUCUCGUGUCGAAGUGACAACAACAUCGAGGACACCAACAGAGACAACAACGAGAGGCGUAGACGGAUCUUUCCUGCUCGCUGGAGCUGCCGAAAAUACCGUAUUUCGAUUGGAGAACAAUACUUUCUCGAAGAUAAAUAUAUCGAAUGAUGUGUCUACCAUGGCGUUCGAUCCUAUAUCCAGGAGGAUAUACUACGGAUCGUGGAACAGUAUUCACAUGUACAGCAUGAAGCUGGAUGGCUCUGACGUCCGAAUAGAAGCAACAAUAGAUUUGUACGUUCAAGCAAUAGCCAUUGACAAUGCCGUUGGUAACAUGUUUGUUUAUUCACCUGGAAACACUGGGAAAAUCUACCGGGUUGUAAUGGGACAGGAACCAACUCUAGACCAGAGUGACGUCAUUCAUACAGACGAACAUGAAGUCUUCCACAUAUAUGUUGAUCCCACGACCAGAACAUUAUUUUGGGGAUCGUCAACAGGUAUAUGGCAAUCGAAUUAUGACGGAACAGACAAAAAACAAAUUUUGUCCAUGUCUGGGGGCAACGCUGGACUUUCGGUUGAUGAUGGUAGCGUUUAUGGAAUAAUGAAUAACAAGAUCUACAAGAUCGAUAGAUCACGGAACCAGUCAUUCAGCGAGAUUUUUGACAUUGGGAACACAAGUACUAGAACCAAAAGUCUAGUCUCAGUUGGGGAUAGCUUGUACUUCAGUAAGGCGAUGUGCACCUACACCCCGACUACUUUGUGUCAGAGCUCUAUAGUUACUGUACGGAAAGAUGGGUCAGGAUUCGCACGUGUUAGUCCUGAAUUGUCUUCAGAAAACCACGUAUAUCCAUUGACACUUGUAUAUGUAUCAACAUCUCGUGUCGAAGUGACAACAACAUCGAGGACACCUACAGAGACAACAACGAGAGGCGUAGACGGAUCUUUCCUGCUCGCUGGAGCUGCCGAAAAUACCGUAUUUCGAUUGGAGAACAAUACUUUCUCGAAGAUAAAUAUAUCGAAUGAUGUGUCUACCAUGGCGUUCGAUCCUAUAUCCAGGAGGAUAUACUACGGAUCGUGGAACAGUAUUCACAUGUACAGCAUGAAGCUGGAUGGCUCUGACGUCCGAAUAGAAGCAACAAUAGAUUUGUACGUUCAAGCAAUAGCCAUUGACAAUGCCGUUGGUAACAUGUUUGUUUAUUCACCUGGAAACACUGGGAAAAUCUACCGGGUUGUAAUGGAACAGGAACCAACUCUAGACCAGAGUGACAUCAUUCAUACAGACGAAAGUGAAGUCUUCCACAUGGAUGUUGAUCCCACGACCAGAACAUUAUUUUGGGGAUCGUCAACAGGUAUAUGGCAAUCGAAUUAUGACGGAACAGACAAAAAACAAAUUUUGUCCAUGUCUGGGGGCAACGCUGGACUUUCGGUUGAUGAUGGUAGCGUUUAUGGAAUAAUGAAUAACAAGAUCUACAAGAUCGAUCGAUCACUGAACCAGUCAUUCAGCGAGAUUUUUGACAUUGGGAACACAAGUACUAGAACCAAAAGUCUAGUCUCAGUUGGGGAUAGCUUGUACUUCAGUAGGGCGGUGUGCACCUACAGCCCGACUACUUUGUGUCAGGGCUCUAUAGUUACUGUACGGAAAGAUGGGUCAGGAUUCGCACGUGUUAGUCCUGAAUUGUUUUCAGAAAACCACGUAUAUCCAUUGACACUUGUAUAUGUAUCAACAUCUCGUGUCGAAGUGACAACAACAUCGAGGACACCAACAGAGACAACAACGAGAGGUAUGGAGAGAGAAAGAAUGAACUUUACUCACUAUUUCCUUUUGCAUGCAGGCGUAGACGGAUCUUUCCUGCUCGCUGGAGCUGCCGAAAAUACCGUAUUUCGAUUGGAGAACAAUACUUUCUCGAAGAUAAAUAUAUCGAAUGAUGUGUCUACCAUGGCGUUCGAUCCUAUAUCCAGGAGGAUAUACUACGGAUCGUGGAACAGUAUUCACAUGUACAGCAUGAAGCUGGAUGGCUCUGACGUCCGAAUAGAAGCAACAAUAGAUUUGUACGUUCAAGCAAUAGCCAUUGACAAUGCCGUUGGUAACAUGUUUGUUUAUUCACCUGGAAACACUGGGAAAAUCUACCGGGUUGUAAUGGAACAGGAACCAACUCUAGACCAGAGUGACAUCAUUCAUACAGACGAAAGUGAAGUCUUCCACAUGGAUGUUGAUCCCACGACCAGAACAUUAUUUUGGGGAUCGUCAACAGGUAUAUGGCAAUCGAAUUAUGACGGAACAGACAAAAAACAAAUUUUGUCCAUGUCUGGGGGCAACGCUGGACUUUCGGUUGAUGAUGGUAGCGUUUAUGGAAUAAUGAAUAACAAGAUCUACAAGAUCGAUCGAUCACUGAACCAGUCAUUCAGCGAGAUUUUUGACAUUGGGAACACAAGUACUAGAACCAAGAGUCUAGUCUCAGUUGGGGAUAGCUUGUACUUCAGUAGGGCGGUGUGCACCUACAGCCCGACUACUUUGUGUCAGAGCUCUAUAGUUACUGUACGGAAAGAUGGGUCAGGAUUCGCACGUGUUAGUCCUGAAUUGUUUUCAGAAAACCACGUAUAUCCAUUGACACUUGUAUAUGUAUCAACACCUCGUGUCGAAGUGACAACAACAUCGAGGACACCAACAGAGACAACAACGAGAGGUAUGGAGAGAGAAAGAAUGAACUUUACUCACUAUUUCCUUUUGCAUGCAGGCGUAGACGGAUCUUUCCUGCUCGCUGGAGCUGCCGAAAAUACCGUAUUUCGAUUGGAGAACAAUACUUUCUCGAAGAUAAAUAUAUCGAAUGAUGUGUCUACCAUGGCGUUCGAUCCUAUAUCCAGGAGGAUAUACUACGGAUCGUGGAACAGUAUUCACAUGUACAGCAUGAAGCUGGAUGGCUCUGACGUCCGAAUAGAAGCAACAAUAGAUUUGUACGUUCAAGCAAUAGCCAUUGACAAUGCUGUUGGUAACAUGUUUGUUUAUUCACCUGGAAACACUGGGAAAAUCUACCGGGUUGUAAUGGGACAGGAACCAACUUUAGACCAGAGUGACAUAAUUCAUACAGACGAAAGUGAAGUCUUCCACAUGGAUGUUGAUCCCACGACCAGAACAAUAUUUUGGGGAUCGAUAACCGGUGUAUGGCAAUCCAAUUAUGAUGGAACAAAUAAGCAAAUGUUGUCUAUGUCUUGGUAUAACAAUGGACUGACCGUUGCCGAUGGCAAAAUUUAUGGAAUAAUGAAUAACAAGAUCGUGAAAAUCGAUCGAUCACUGAACCAGUCAUCCACCGAGAUUUUAGAUAUUGGAGAUUCCAGCAUCAGUAUCAAGAGUCUGGUCUCGGUCGGGGAUAGUUUGUUCUUCAGUAGUGCCGUGUGUGUCUACAACCCGACUAGUCUGUGUCAGAGCUCUAUAGCUACUGUGCAGAAAGAUGGGACAGGAUUCACACGUGUUAGUCCUGAAGUGUCUUCAGAAAACAGUGGAUAUCACUUGACACUUGUAUAUGUAUCAACACCUCGGGUCGAAAUGAGAAUUCUUGCCAUAGUGUUGCUAGUUGUUUGUCCAUUGGUUACUCUUGGAGUUGCAGCCAUUGUCUUUAUCUGGUGGAAAGUGUCUUCUUUAAGAGGAGAAGCUGUGAAAAACAACACUAUGUCAACAUAUGACUCCCCGGUUUUUGUGGACGUCAACAGUCACACUUACGAAGAACUACCAAACAAAACAGUCAAUAUUUCGACGAUUGAUUAUGAAACACUGGAUUUAGAGAAAAAGUGUCCUGAACAAGAUAUGUACCAACAGAUCGGCGACCCAUACGAUUUACCGAAGAUAUAG